GUUACGUUGUUGUUAGAAUUUUAAUACAAAUAUGCAUUAUAAAUUUUUAUCAUAACUAUUAAUAAACUAGUUCAUCAACAUUAUAUUAAAUUUAAAUAAAGUAAACACAGGUGUAUUUUAAUUGACUGAAUCACUUAAAUUAAUAUUGUGAUACCGAGAUAAAUAUUGUAGAUAAUGUUACCUAUUAUUCAAGGCCAGUGUGCAGUGUAGUGCCUAUGUGACGAUCUGAAGCAUUUUAUAUUGAUUAUUUUAUUAAAAUGUCUAACAAAACAACAAAAGAAUGGACCGUGGAUCUCCCGUGGGGAAAAGUUGCAGUGAUCGCGUGGGGCGAUUCAACAAAACCUCCGAUGUUAUUAGUACACGGCUACAUGGAUACAGCAGCGACAUUCAUUCCACUAGUAAAUGAAUUGACAGACAGCCAUUAUUAUGUCGCGUUCGAUAUGCCAGGGCACGGUAAAUCCGAGAACUUUCCAACGGGUCAAGUUAUAUCACAGAUUCAUAUAAUCGAAGUGAUACAUAGAAUCGUUAAAUUCAUGAAAUGGGAUCGAUUCGUCUAUAUGGCGCACUCCAUGGGUGUGGUCAUAGGUUUGUUUUACAAUUACGUAUAUCCAAAUAAAGUGUCGAGAAUGAUACACCUGGACCCCGGACCGCCGAUAUCCAUGUACUACUAUGUACAUCACAAGCUGCCCUUCUGGUUCAACUACAUCUAUACGGAGUAUUACGACAGCUUCAAAAGAUGGAAUUCGUCUGAGAAAAGACGUUACACCUACGACGAUGCGCUCAGUCUAGUCGUCCGCAACAGAAACUUGUCUGAGGAGCAAGCAGAGGUUAUCCUGGCGAGAUCAUUGGAUCCCGUCGCCGGCGAUAAGUUUGAACUAUCAUGGCAACCUAGCAUGAAGAAAAUAUCAAAUGUUUCUGUCUCGGAUGAAACUCUCUACACCACUCUAACUGCGAACAGUCCCCCGACUUUAGUGAUAGCAGCAUCUGAAUCGAGCAUGGUCGGGCCAGCAAAGAGCUUCGCUUUGAAUAUUCUAGAGAAAUGCCAAAAUAUUUUACCUAAUUUCUAUGUUGUGACCAUACCCGGAGGCCAUGACGUACACAUCACCGUGCCCGAAGUGGUGGCUGAAUACAUUGUUAAGUUUUUAAACUACAAAAGAAAUAAACUAUGGAGCAUGAUCAAAUCUAAGAUUUAGAAUUUACGAACAGUCCGUCGAAUUGGCAUGACAAUGGGCAUUGAUUUAAUGUACUUUGCUGAAUAGAGCAUAUCCUAAUUUAAUUAAUUCGAUUACUAUCUUGUAAAAUUUAAUUUAAUUUGCAUUUCUUUGCUUUAUUUUAAUAUGUGUGAUAAAUGAAAAAGAGACAAAUUGUGGAACUGAAAGAUACAUAACAUUUUUCCCAAUAAAUGAAUGGUGUGGAACGUUUCAAGGUUUAAUGAAUGGUUCAAGUUCAUUUAAACUUCUAUUUCAUUAACAAAUUAGCGACCCGCCUUCGCUUCGCUUCGGAAACUGUAAUUUAUUAUUGAUUUCUCCACUAUUUAAUGGAUGUUAUUAUACAUAU